AUGUUAUUAUCGUUCCAUCUAAAGAACAUGAAGCCAAAAUACGAAACCUGGAGCUAUAAGAACAUUUCUACUGUUAAGGUUAUUGGACCAAUUGAAACUGACAGCUUCAUCAAUGCUCGUUUCAAGGUUGCUCGUGGGGCUGCGAGUUUUCUCUUUGAAUUUACUCUUGCUGAUUUGACCUACCUUAAUUCUUUUGACUUGAUUUCUCUAUUGCUUCUUUUGAUGAAGGAUGAACAGAAAUUUGAACCAAUUGUGGCACACAUCAAAAGGAUGUUGGUCUCGUACAUCCAAGAGAUUGGCAAUAUGGAUGUAGAUAUAGCAACUGUCCUUCGCGAGAAACCUUUAGUACUUCCCAUGGAACCUCCGAAAGAUCUUGAGAAGAUGAAACUGGGAAGGAUAUGA